UCUACUCCUCAUUUGUCAAUAUCUGCAACAAAGCCAAACAAACAACUUGAAGAACAACAGAUACGAAGAAGAAAUGAAACUCGUCUGGUCCCCUGAACCAGCACUGAAGGCAUAUAUUGAAACAGUUAAAUCAUGUGAGAUUUUUCAAGAAUCCAGCGUAGCUGAGCUUUUAUCAGCUAUGGCAGCAGGAUGGAAAGCGAACCUUAUUGUAGAAACAUGGUCGCACGGGGGAGUUAUUGCUACAAGCAUCGGCCUAGCUAUUGCUAGCCGCCAUGCUGGUGGAAGACAUGUUUGCAUAGUACCUGAUGAACGAUCAAGAACAGACUACGCAAAAGUCAUGGGAGAGGCAGGGAUGUUACCUGAAAUCAUAGUUGGGGAACCAGAAGAGGUUACGGAAAGGUUGGAUGGGAUAGACUUUCUGGUGGUCGAUUCACGGCAAAAGGAUUUUGCUAGGGUAUUGAGGCUAGCAAAGCUCAGCAGCCGAGGUGCAGUUCUGAUGUGCAAGAAUGCCAACUCAAAAACUUCAAGUUUUAGAUGGAGAGGCGUUCUUGAAGAAGGGUCCUGCCGGCUUGUUAGGUCCGUGUUUCUUCCGGUAGGAAAAGGACUUGACAUUGCACAUGUUGCUGUUAGUGGAGGAAAUUCUGGACCAAACAAAACUGAGAAAAGAUGGAUCAAGCACAUAGAUAAACAAUCAGGGGAGGAACAUGUCAUCCGAAAGUAAUUUACAUAAAGAAAUGAUUUGAACUUUCUUUUUUUUCUUUAGCCGGUUUUUGGGGAGAAAAUUUUAACCUGUAUAUAUCUUCAUGAUAGCUUUCAACCUUUGGUUUUCUGUUUUGGGUAGGCCAGAUAUUUGUUCAUGAAUAUGAACUACAAGCUUCAGGAGAUAUUUCCGUCCAAUUCAUUGUCACGUGUAAAGAUAAUCUAACUUGGCUUAUGUGCUCUUUCUCA